AUGGUUUUGAUAACAGAGGAACAAAGUGAAGGUUCAAAGGUUCGAGAGAAUGGAGUGCCCACAGGCAUUGGACUGGGAGAGUCUGACUUUAAGACAAAUAACAAAGCAAUGGCUAAACCUGUUAUGUCCUUCACUACCGCUAAUGAAGAAGGCCAUGAGGACGACGUGCCAGGUGACGACGAGGAUGACUUUACUGAAGUUGAUUACACACGGAACUAUUGGGAAGAUGAGGACGAUAUCUACCAGGAGUUUGAGGAAUUGGACUUUGAGUCCCUUUCUGAAUGCUCAGACACCAGGAGCAUUAGCUCGGAUGAUUCUUUCUAUCCUCCGGACAGUACAGAUCAUUCCCGAGUGUUCCGUCCACCAAGCCCAGAGAGCCCCGAGCCAAUUUCCUUCUUUAAAGCCUGUUGCAACAACAAUGCUAUCAUCGUUAAGAUCAUGAUCAGACAAGGUGUGACCAAGGAAGAAGUAAGGGAGACGGACAGGAACAGAAGAGUAGGUGUCGUAAAAUAAUUUGUUUUCUUUUGUUUUCUUACUGAAACCAGAAAAAUCUAUGUUUUAUUUACCCAGAGAUCACCAUGACAGUUAUCAGACUUAGAUACAAGAAUAAAACUGUGAUCCAGUUUUCUAUUGAGUCCAUAUAACUCAAUGGUAUUUAUGUGCAGCAUCCUUACACCACCUCCAGUUUCAUCAUGGAGAAAGUGAGCCACCUAUCCUGAAAUAGCGGGAUCAUGACACCUGAGUGUGGCUCAAAACCAGUGCUUUAAAGGUGCAGUAUUUCACAGCAUUUAUGGGAACAGACUUGGUAGAAUUUGACUAAACUGCUCAUUAGUCAGUUCAAAUCUGUGUAUCAUUAUUAAAAUUGAAAAAAAAAAAGUAUUUUUGUUCUGGCAGCCUAGAAUGAGCCAUUCACAUCUAUGUAAGUGUGGUCCUCACUGACAGAGGCUGUCAUUUGGCCCUGCCAUGUUUCUACCGUAGCACAAAAUGGACAAAGUAGUGACAGUCAGGUUUUUGUAUUUAAUGAGCACUGCACAAAAUCUAAUUGGAAAGACAAAAAAGAAAGUGUUGAGUGCCAAAGAGUUUUUAGUGAAAGAACAUUGUGAUGGUAGAAACUUGGACAAAUGGAGGAUCAUACCUAAGAUGCAUCACAGGAGCUUUUUGUCCUCAAAUGCAACCAUUGUUUCACCUACAGAAAGAGUGAGCAAGGAUGCGUUUUAAUCUAGACUUUGAUUUUUAGAUACCCUGAUUAUUUCUGUUUCUACCGCAGACUGUAUUAUAACUGGACACAGCAACAUAGGCAUCACUCAUUUGUUUCUGAAGUGGGAGUUUUAAAGCCUGUUGACAGUAGUUGCUAUAUUGGAAAUGCUGGCCUAACCUAACCUUCGGUCAACCUUACAGAGCCUUUAGCUUCUUACAAAUAGCUACAGUGUGUACCUCCAUCAACCAUGCCUCUGAUUUGCCAAUCUUGUAACCUUAAUAAUUCAGUAAAGAACGUGUUUCAAAAAACUUAGUUCCUGUACAGUGGGUGUCGAGGGAGUCCUGAGCUAUUCAGACCCAAACCUUUUUUUUUUUUUUUGUUUACCUUGUUCUGAACAUGUUUACCUUUUUAGUGUCUCUUCAGAGAGGCUCAAAUAGGCACUUGGGGAACUGCAAUUUUUAGCACAUCCACAUUAACUUUAUUUCUCAAAACUGGGGGUUGCAGCAUUGUUUCUACACACUUAACCUUUAAAUAGGAAAAAUAAGUGCCAUACAAUCUAUGCAUAUUGAGUCCAUGUUUUUUCAGAUACAUUUAAGUGGUGAAACCUUGCAAACUGAGUCAGAUGGAUUUAGUUUUCUAUUCAACACAGUAAAAUGCAUUACAAAAGAGAAAUAAUCAUCAGUGUCAUGGAGCAGUAGAGGUGAUUAUGAUUCAUUGAAAAGGGGAGGGAAAAAAACUGAGUCUGUCUGCUCCUAAAAACUGGACCACAGUAUGAAGAAUUUCUUUGACUUAUACAUAAUUAAGCCGUAGGGUUUUACAUUUUAUAAAGAUACCUCUUUCUGUAGCCAGGCUAACAUUAUAAUUCCCUGUUACUCAGUUUUUUCUUGUUGAUCCAGCUCUGUAGAGCCUCGCAAGUUGGAAUUAAUUGUGUCCGGUGUGAAAGAAAAAUAAGACAAUGUCAUGGAACAUCUCCAAGAGUUAUUAUCAUUAAGCGUGCCUUGAGAAAUGUAUUUUGGGUGCAAUGGUGAAACAGCAAGAGAGCCUGUAAAAUGGAGGAGACAGGAAGGGGUACUGGCUUCUGGUAGACGUCUUUGUUUGCAGAAAAAGUCCUGGUUUGCUGAGAAGUGGUAGUACUGCAUGCUUAAGUAUACCAGCUCUAUCUCAGCACUGUUCAAAAAUUGUUCUUCAUAUCCCCUCAGUGUAUCUCUGUUCAAGGGUAAACGAACACCUUAAGCUUGUUGGUUUUUUUUUUAAUUUUUCACUCCACAACCAGUACAAAGAUGCUCGAUAUGCACACUGUUCUGCUGUGGUGUUUAACGUGACAGACUGGAAACACAUUAUUAUCACCCACUGUUCUUGUACGCUUUUUUGGAUAUUUCCAACCAUUUUUGCAUGUCAUGUAGACAGAAUAUUACUUGAAAACAAAGGAGGAAUACUUCUGUUUUCAAAAGUACCAGUGUGGACUAGACCUCAGGGUUGGACUAUCCCUGUAGUCCAGCAUUCAUACAAUCUGUUUUUAGUAUAUAAUUUGUUGUCCUUCUUUUUAACUGUAACACAUAGGGUAUCUUUACUAUUUUUCAUUAUGCUUAUCAUCAGGUCCAGCUCAGUCACAACACAAACUACACAACACAAACAAAUAUAAAUCGUGAAAAGCAGGGACUCGCUCUCAUACGUAACUCUCCCACAGACACGGGAUAAAACACGGGUUUACCCUGAAUGAACUCCAUUGUUUUCCUCAUCAGCAGUCACAUCAGGAUUGUUGUUUCAGGCCAACUGAGCCUGGAUCAGGUCCUGAACUCAGGUGAGCCACUGAAGGUCAAACCCUGAAGAGGGUUAAGCCUUCAGUGACAGAUGGGAGGCUGUAACCACACAGUGACUGUGUCAAAAGCAGCUUGCUCCAAGGGUUCUGUCUUUAAAAGGCUCACUAAGACAUUGACCUGAGCACUGGGUAAGCAAUACUAUAAGCCGUCAGGGCUAAAACAGAGCGCAGAGGUCCUCAAGGUAACAGUGAUAUCUUUGAAGACACCCAGUAGAAUAUGAGCAAACAAAUAUUUCAAACACAAAGAACUCAGUGAAGUGGAUGCUGGAUGUACCCAUAAUAACUGUUACAUGAGCAUCAGACUGGAAUCCUGUAUGAAGAAUACACCAUGAAUAAACCGUCUAUGCCAGGAUACUAAAAAAUGUCUUAACCCUCAGCAUAUCAUAGAGUUGACCCUAAACACUUUUUGGUGUCUGUCUCAGGCUGUUGUGUGUAUAAAAAUACUGGAGGUGUCCAUUUUAAUCAUUGAUUUGUUAAAUACCUCUUUUAAGCCCUAAGUUCUGCUCUGUGGUUAUUGCCAUGUUGACCAUAACUUUUUGACAGGAUACUUUUGAAGAACCAACAGUUUCAAGCUCAAAGAGAUUUUUUCUGCUACAACAAGUCAGAAAGUAUGUUGUACAGUAGGCAUGAUUGUUGUUUGAUCUGGCAGAUGUAGGGUUACAGAUAGAUCAAGGUUUUUGGCUCUAAUUUUGAGCCUAUGCAGAGAUCUUUCACAACGGACUCCUAUCUGUUUUUAAAAGAGUGCUACCUGGGGGCUCAAAGGUCAUGGCUGUUGUGGCCUAAUAACCCAGAUUAAGAAACAAUCAAUAACUCAAACUUUAAAAAAGGCCAAUCCUUCCAAAAGAUUCUCUUCUGUCCCCUCCUUUUUGGAGCUUCAUCGUUUUAGCUCUUUUCCUGCCAUUAAAUUACAACAGUAAGCUGUGUGUGUGCCUUUAUCCUGUUCCCCUAGUUUGACCUCUGACCUUAUGUCCCUGAUCAGAGAGAGAGAGAAAACUGGAACGCUUUCCUGUUUAAUAUCAUUUAAAUAAACUUGGGACAGUUUUCAGAGUUUUUGAUGGAUUGGUAAAUUCUCUUUUGGGAAAUGUCUGUACUAUAGAUGAUUAAAUAUCUGAUCUCUUUACAUUAUUGUUAAAUCAUGGACUGUUUGCUUAUGCAGUCUGAGAGGUGAAUAUCCCCCAUCUUAACCUCUGAAAACAUUUGAUUUAAAACAUGUUAUAUAUGUGCUCUAACAUGGUUUUAUUUAUUGUGUUCAUAUAUUACUAUUUUCAGUAAAAAAAAAAAAAAAGUUCUGUAUUAGAACAAGUUCAUUCAGGAAGGGGCAUCUUUCAAUUUGGAUUGUAAAAUUUGGAUCAAUAUGAUAUAUCGGUGGUGGUAGCUGUCAUCUCUCAAAAAGCUGCUACACCUAGCUCGCUAGCAGUCUGCUAUUUCUUCUUCAUCUACCCUCUGUUUUAUGCCAUGUGGCAGCUAGCGGAAAAGACCACUUCCGGUAUGACUGAGGCACCGACCUCAGUAAAGUGAGGUCAGAUCAUGGCUCCUUGAAAGUUGGAAAAUCUCCCAUGAUAUUUGUAGAUAACUUAAACUGGAUUUUAAGUGUUUUCCUAAAUAACAUAUUAGCUGUAAACAUCUUGGCUCAAAGAGAUGAAUGUGAAUGAACUGGCUUCCACUUUGUCAUUUACUAUACAACAGAAUAAAACAAAAAACUUCUCUCUGCACUGCUCAGCCUUAGGCACACAUGAGGGCGAGAGCUUGAUGGUAUAAUAUGAAUGAUUUAAUACCAGACAUCAUGUAAAAUUGUGCUCUUCUGAGAAUGAUACCAUUUUAAUAAUUACUGUGAAUAAUUUGUGUAACUAGAAGCACAUACCGAGACUGAUGCAUACUUUUUAUGGUCAAAUUGUAUAUUUUAUCUUAAGCCCAACGUCUCCUAAAUUUGCAGGUUCUGGUUUUCUUUUUCUCCCAUCUUCGGUGGUGGUUUGUGAGUGCAAAAAGCUAACAUAAAUGCUGUAUUGUCAUGUGACCAAGCAAGUCAACACAAAAUUCUACAGUAGACAAUGUAGAUUUGAUCAUGCAGUCAGACAUGUCUCAGAUACUGUAUGUUCUGUCAAAAAUUUAAGACCUCCCACAAAUAAAAAAAAAAAAAAAGGUUUUCUGAGACUUUUUACGGUUGCAUGGGAACCCUGAUGCACUCACCAUAGGUCCAACAAAUCGUGUUUCAAAGGGCUGUUUGGGGACCUAAAGAGUUCACUCUUAUUGGAAACCUGAACCAAAUGAUCUGGAUCACUAAAAGCCUACAUCACUUCACUAUCACGCGCUUUAACUAUGUGCCUUAGCUGUACACACCAUGGCAUUAGGAGCUAUUCACUUCCCCAGUCUACAAAUAUCAAAUAUCAUGGCACUUCUCGCACAUCUGUGUGAGUCAGACUGUGGCUAAGAAGUGGGAGGAUCUCCUGUGGCUUUACCUUUAGGUUUUUAUACUCUUUACAUCCUUUAGCUGUACCUUUUGGCCUCUGCCAUGUUGGUCCUGGCACUAUAAGUUACAAUAAUUGGAUAAGAGGGAGGUGCUGUAGUGAAGCCAACAGGUUAGCAAAUGCCAAGUUAUCAAAGCUAUACAGUUAAUGUCCUUGCUUGGCUCAUUUAUUAGUGGGUGAAAACAUGUGUUUCUACAUGAUGAGGUUUGAGUUUUGAGCGUAUCUGACUGGAAAUUUUGUAAGAUAACAAACCUUAUACAGCUCAUCAGUUUUACUCAAUGCAGCACGUUCUCCACACAGGUCACUUUCACCACCAAGCCAAUGAGACCAGGUUUGUGAAUAGGAUGGCAAGAAAAAACAGAGACACACCUCUGGCAGCUGAACCAAAUCAGGACACAAUUUAAUUGAUCAAUUUAAUUUGCAAUCAGGACAUCAGAAGCCAACACAGAUUAUCAGCCCCUGACCAUCUUUGCAUGUAUUGUUCAAAAGUGACAACAUGUGCCUUGUAUUGAUUAAACUUAUGAUAAUUAUUAAAGACAUGUCAAGGUAAUAGAAACAGACCUUGUGUGCAGAUUGAUUGAGGUUAUUCAGAGGUGGAAUGUUGUCACAAUCACAGCAGAGUGACACCCCUUAUAAAUGCUGUGGUUAAGUUAUUCUCUACUCUCAGCAGAUCAAAUGAAUCCAAUUAAAACUUCAUUUCUAAAGCACUUUUCAUACAAGAUAUGCACCCCCCCCCAGCACCACCACCACCACCAAGACCCCACCCCAGCCAACACAUUCACACACAAUGACACACAAUGACACACACACACACAAUGACACACACACACGCACGCGCUAAAAUAUCAUUUAAGAAUAAGUAAAUAGAUAGAAUAACAUAACAUGUAAAUGAGGACUAAAAUAUGUCAAUAAAAUAGAAUAAGAUAAAAAUGUAGAUAAGAAUAAGACAUUAGUUAAAAGCCAAAUUAAAUAGGUGGGUCUUGAGCCUGUAUUUAAAAAUUUGAAAAUCCUCUGCAGCCUUCAGGUCCUCAGGCAGGCUAUUCCACAGACAGGGGCCAUAGUGCUGGAAAGAUGCUUUACCGUAAGUUUGAGAAGCAGACAGUAAAAUGUUUGAAGUGCACACAACUGUGAGCACCAGUGUUUGUAAAAUAAAUAUUUUUGCAGUGUGACCCAUCUGUUAACUCUGCCACAACUGAAUUAAAAAGUCCAGGAAUACUUUUUGUUUUGCAGUGUCCUGUCUGGUGCAUUUAACCCCUUGCAGGCACCUUGUGAACUCUUAAUUGCACAGGUUUAGCAGGUGCAAAAGCUGCACAAUCCCCUCAUAAAUCCAGCCCUGGAUAAGCCGGCUGGCGAGGUAAUAAAAAAGUAAAGAUACAGCGACCUGGAAGGCCCUUAGAUAGGUAAAAUGAAACUAGAUUUUCAGCCAAGACUGAGAGCGUAAACCUCUAUUUAUAAAUGUGGACAAAAGGAGAUGAAUGAAUAAAAGGCUCAUUGUCUUUAUUCUUUUCUUACACAUUUGGCUUUCUGCAUUCUGUAAAAUUUCCCCCUUCUUGAAAGUUUAGGGCUUUUGGCUUCUUUUCUUUAACCAAGAUGCUAAAAUGCUGAUCUGUGGGGUUACAUAGGACACUCAAUGCAACUGUUGAGGUCAUCCUGCGUAAAAGAGGCCUAGAGGGAGCAACAAGGUCUCAAAGAUGAAGAUGAGAGGUCAGUCUGGACAGAAGGGGGGUACUAACUGAUUGUUUUAACCCUAUAGGCAUGAUCAUUUCCUAAACCUUACCACACACUUUGUGUAUCUAAGCCUAACUGAACUUGGAAAAUUACCUGAAGAUCAUCUAAAAAGUCCCUCUGCAGUGAGAGUCAGAUAACAGAUGGUUAAAGAGUUCCAGUGAGAGGUUAUAGGACAACUUUAAGUGAUACAGGGGUUGAUACAGAUUGAGGAUUUCCAGUCUUUACCACAUUUGACUUUCCAGACUAAAAGAAGGCUACAAAGCUUUCUUAACCUCCUUACAGGCGGCUUUUGACCCCCUGAGCUCUUAUCAGACAGACUUCUGCUUGUUUAGGGUUGCAUUUUUACCAUCUCGAAGUCUGUAAUUUGAACCAUGGCUUGCUACUUGCAUUAUUCUAAUUUUAACCCUCACAUACAUCAUUGGAGGAUCAAAAACGAACAUCUUGAAUUGUUUCCAAUACCUUUGCAAUGAAAACAAUAAAUGUAGUCAGAUUCCCGCCAAUACAAAACAAACAAACAAACAAACAAAAAAAAAAAUUGUCAUGAAAUUUCAUUUAGAUUAAAAAAAGAAAAACAAGAAGAACAACUAACAUAAUGGAAUAUGGAAUGGAAUACUGGGAAUUGACAGUAAUGUCAGUUUUAACAAAAUUAAAAUUAUAUAUAUACAUAUAUAUAUAUAUAUAUAUAUUGUUUAUAUAUAUAUAUAUAUAUAUAUAUAUAUAUAUAUAUAUAUAUAUAUAAAUGUAUACACACAUAACAUAUGUAUAUUUAUUUUAUUAUUAUUAUUUUUUAAGAACAAAAAUCAAUCAGCAACUAACAGAGGAAACUAAAGCAUUCUUGUUUUUCUGUUUCAGUCUGGUUUGAUUGUGGCGUGCUACCAUGGUUACGUGGACGUGGUCAUGGCUCUCUCUCAGUGUCCAUAUCUGGAUGUUAACUGGCAGGACAACGAGGGAAACACCGCUCUUAUUACUGCAGCACAAGCAGGUAAACACAGCUCAGGCCUCUGAGUUAAAAACUUAGAGCAUGUAUUUGUUUAUGUAUCAGAGACAAAUGAAACAAUCAUGAAUGGACAUUGGGAGCAUUAUUGUUUUUAAAAAGCAAAACAUAUGAGUUUCAUUUAGUUUUGUGUCUUUGCACUAAUGUAGCCCUGCAAAAUGUGCAAAGCUGAAUUUGUACACAUGCACUUAUAUUUAGAUCACAUAUUGUAACAGGAAACAAUUUAAACAUUUCAUCGAGAAUGAUAUAAAUGUCUUUGAAAACACAGUAAAGAAGGGACUGUAUUUUUAGGUGUAAUGUGAUAAUUUGAGUAAUUGGUGGGUGAGACAAAUGUUCAUGACAGAGGGCUCUAUUUUCGGCAACGCAGCACAUGCACGGCGUAAGUCAGGUCCACCGCGCUGACAAGGCAUUCCCAAGCACAGUUUGGCAUUUUGGUGAGCGGCGCAGCCCGGCGUAAGUAUCGCCCCUCCCUAACUCAGCUCCUCCCAGUGGCGUAAGUCAUGGGGAGGGAGGUGAGAAGGCGUAGAGUGCGUUUAACACAGCUGAGACAUGUUUUCACCAAUCACAUAAGCUCCUCUCCUUGCCUUUAAAUCUGCCACCGGCUAGGCGUAUUCCAAUUUUCGUGAAGUAGUCAAAGAGAUCAAGAGAUGUCUGAAGAAGGCAAUGCCACACGAUGGCGACAGAAGGCAGCCCCUCAACAAGUGUUGCUGUAAACGCUGCAGAGAGCGUCCUCCACACUGGCUCAUAUGAGCACAGAUGGAUUUGGUGUAUGUAAUGUUUGACUGCGCGGGGUCCGCCACCCUCUGCCACGUCCCCGGUGGACACGAAAAUAGAGCCCAGAAUGUCCUUGUCAUAGUCACUGCACUCACCCCUGUGUCGAUGAGAGAAGAGAGGGAGAGCUGUUGUGCUGCUGGCUGUGAUCCCUUUAGAGAGCAUGCACUCUCCUGGUUGUGUUUUUUAACAACACAGGUUUUUAUCAGCUAUAUCUUUUAUUAAGCUGUCUGAAAAACCCAAAUCGCAUUUAAAAACCUUGACUUAUUAUUCAGUCAAUCGGGAAGGCUAUUAACACAGAAAAAUUGAGAAAGUGCAAAAUAAUGUCAACAGCAACAAGCUGGAGGUUCAUUAAUAAUGGCUUUUAAGAGGACUCAACAGCAACGAACACAGAUGCUACAGGUGAGUGCAGAGAAAGUUCACUCAAGUUUAUUGAUCAUACAUGGUGAAUGUGUAUGGGUAAAAAUGAAAAGAAGAAUAUGCACCAGGGGUUGGCAGGUACACUCAGGUGGAUGUAAAUGUACUUGGGUGGCCCACCCAAGUAUCCUCUGUCAUAGGAAAACAAACUCUUUAGAGCUGCAAAUACAAAGCUACCACGAGUUAACAGCUAUGUGAGGAAUAGGGUUUAUAAUGUUUAAUAAGCAGGAUGUUUUAGUGAAUUAUGACAAAGCAUUCUUACUCAUUUCUCAUCUGCUGAAUACUCAAUUCUCUUACCAGGGACAACCAGAUCACACACUAAAAAUCUAAUGAAUCCCUGAACUCCAGUAUGUGGGAUGAAAAUGUUUGCUGGUCUUAAAGGUUGAGAAAGGAAGAAGAGAAAUGUGAUUGUCUGUAAAUACCCCUUUUCGCUCCCUUUCUGCAUGGGUUCCAGGUGUUUAUUAAAUUACAAAUUUUCAAUGUUAUCCCUGAUGGCCUUGGUUGCUUUUGUAUAUAAAAAAAGGCCUUGUGAAUGCCAGUCUCUAAUAUAAGCUUUAGGUGAACUUCCUAAGCUAUUGUUGCCCAUAGUAAAUUUCACACUCAAAGUUUUUCUUGCAGAUUGGGAUGGAUAGUUUUUUUUUUCUCCUGUGUCUGUCUGUGAUUCAAGCCUCGUCCCUGGCAACAGUCUGUUCUUCAUAGCAACAGUCUGUGAUGAGGAGAUAGCAGACCAGUGUUCUGAUGAACAAGUGGUUGCUAAGAACAACAGACCAUUGCUAGGGACACAGCUUUUACAGACCCUAAGGACAGAUGAAUAACUUAACAGUGGUUGUAACAUUCAUGCUAGGGUAAGAAGUAGAAAUGAUGCCCUUGUACUAAGUGCCAAACAAAAAGUCAGAGAUUAGUUAGCAGGGCAAACAGAGUGUAAUUAGAAAUUCUCAGUCUGUAAGAAUAGACUCAUUCAUAUCUGUCAUAUCUGUUUGAGUGAAUCAUACUAACACUUUCCCUCUGACUAGAAUCCAUUAAGUCCACUCUGUAGAGAGUUUACUUAGCUCAAGUUAACCAUCAUUCCCCUCAAUUUAUGACUCUAUGAAACUGCCUAGUUAGUAUUUGAGUCAUAUACUGUGUAUAGCAUUCAAGAAUUGUAGUUUGUUUCCAUCAAAAGCACUACAUUACAGUUUGGUCUCAAUUUUGUAUCAAUGAGCUCUUAAUAGCCUUUUAAUCUUAUAUAUUCUUCUUCAUGAUAAAUCUGUCAGCUCAUUCUGAAGCUGUCUCUCAGUUAGACAUGUUACUUUCCAUAAUUGAACGCUCUCUCUCUCUCACUACCUUUGAUGCGUAAUUUAAAGUGGCAUAAAUUUUAUUGCAGGGGAUUGAGUUUUAAAUUGGUCCACAUUAAAGCACAGAGCAUAAGAUGAGGUGCUUCCACCAGUGAGAAUCCUUAUUAUUUGCAGGCAUUACAAAUUACCAUGGUAGGUAAUUUCAAAGUGAUGCAGCCACAUGUAUCAGACAUGGUGCUGGGUCUCUCAUCUGCUAACAAUGAUGAAUGGCUCUCUAAAGUCUUUGAUGAAUAGCUGCAGACUGCUCUUCAUUUUCUGCUUCAUUAAAAGAAGUAUUGAUCCCGGUUUGUGACAAAGUGCUCUGCCACACCUCAGGGAAGCAGGUGAGCUGGACUCUGAGUCCACAAGACUGCAGCAGAGAGGUUAGAUACAGACAACACAUCACUGAGGGUAGAAAAUGUUGAGUCCUCAGAGAUGAGCUGUGAUAAUUAUCCACCUCCUUUUAUUGACUGUGCCUCUGACUAAAAACUGAAUGCUGUGUGCUAAAACCUUCAUUUGUUGGAUUUUCACCAGAGUCAGCUGAUGUGUUUACAUUGAUUUAUACAAAAUUUACUCAGCAGGGAACCAGGGCUGCCUGAUCAUUACACAAAUCAUAAAUAUGAUGACUUUGGUUGAUAUUGUGAUCAUGGCUAUUAAGAAGGAUUUUUAAAAUGAUUACCCAUCAUUUGAAAACUGAUGCAACUUAAAACCUCUUCAAAACUUAAAAACUCUUAAAUUUAUGUAAAACAAAAUAAGCAUGCCUAUGGACUUUUCUGUUUGGUCAGAGCCAAAAUGAUAGGUGUGAAACUUCCCCUGGAUCUUGGACUGGACUAAACAGCCAGACCUUGGUCCAACCAAAAGAGGUGGCCUCAGUUCAUACCAAGCUGAACGACAGUCUGGAUCAUGCCCGGUGUAAAAGCAUUAUUUUGAAAGGUUUGGACCUUCAUUCCAAUGACAGGAAAUGGCGCAAGGAGUAGAAGCAUCUGUUAUUAUGUUGAAUAGAGAUUGUCCAUGAACAGGAAAUGUUAUAUUAUUGUAGAUAAAGUUAAACCUCACUAUUGACAGCUUAUCUUUUCAAGCGUUUUACGACACACUAUCUCUACUGAGUCAGAGUUGCAUUGGAUUACAGGAUUGCAUACUUUCUUUUCCUUUCCUUUUCCUUUGACGACGAUAAAGUUGUCACCAUUAGGGCUCUAUUUUCGUGCCUUGCCAGAGACGUGCCGCGCCGACAAGGCAUUGCCAAGCACAAUUUGGUAUUUUGGUGAGUGGCGCAGCCCGGCAUAAUUAUCGCCCCUCCCUAACUCAGCUCCUCCCAGUGGCGUCAGUCGUAGGGAGGGAGGAGAGAGGGCGUGGAGUGGGUUUAACACAGCCGAGACCUGUAUUGACCAAUAACAUCAGCUCCUCCCCUCGCCUUUAAAUCCGCCACCGACGAGGCAUAUUACAAUUUUUGUGAAGUAGUCAAAGAGAUCAAGAGAUGUCUGAAGACAGCAAUACCACAAGUGUCACUGUAAGCGCUGCAGAGGGCGUCCUCCACACUGUCUCAUAUGAGCAUAGAUGGAUUUAGUGUAUGUAAGGUUGGACCCACUGGUAAGACAAACACCCUUUUCCACAAAUAAAGACACUCACAUAAAGUUGCAUAUAUUCAAACCUCACGUGACAAAGGUGGGUUGAGCGCACAAAUCACAAAAUAAACUCCAAAAAUGGCAUUAAAAUCGGAACCAUCUGUGCGUAAAGGACGCAUCGUGCUCCGUGGCCUGGCUCUUUCUUUCAUAGAUGUUGGCAUAUAAAAUAAAUUUGGCUCACAAAAUUGAAUAUUAUAAAAUUCAUAUGUGGGCCUGACUCCGGAUUUAAUAUUUACAGAAUCCUAAUGAUGUGAGGAAAUCAGAUAAAGAAGUAAUUUUGAGUGAAAGGUUAUUUUAUUUUAUUUUUUUUAUAUUUUUUUGUUCAAAUUUUCGAAGUAAAUAACUCAUCUGAUCACUAAAAUAAAUCAUCUGGUCAGCCGUGCCACCACAGCAGCAGCAGGACGGCGAGAAGACACGGAGACAUGUCAGGUGUUGUGCCAUAGAAUGCACCCCUGCCCUAGAAUGCACCCCCUGACAGAAGCGCGGUUGAAAGUACACAACAAGGCGAAAUAAUUCAAGUUUACCUUACCGUUGGACGGAUUCAAAAGCGUGUGCCUUUAAUGAUUUCAUUCCUGCUAUUCAGAUUGGCUAAAAACAAUAGCCCUCUGAUUCGGAAUAUUUGCUGUCCCGAAAAUAUAAUGUUCUCUACCUUAACAGCUUACUGUAUAGUUUAUAUACCCAAGUACACCUCUGUAUGUGCAUUUUUUAAAUACUAAAAACAGAACGAAAGUUUGCUGCUCCAUUUGACUUGUUGUCAUGAUCCAAUACUCAUGACAACAUUUUUAAAUAUGAGAUCAUUUUUUUCCACUUUAAGAAGCUAAUGAGUGGAUGGGAUGCAGGGAUGCAUUCUACAGCAGGGGUGCAUUCUACGGCAUAACACCUAUCGAGCUGCGCGAGGAAGAAGGAGGAUAAGCAGGGAGACAAAUUAAAUAUUUUGUUAACUUCAUCAUGUGUGGCUGUUUACUGGAUAUUUAAUUUAAUGCGGUUUCAGCUGUGUUAAUUCGGUCAGGUGGAGUGUCCAAACAUGUGCCAAACGCACUCAUCAGAUCAGAUAUGGAUCAGAAUAUAUGAUAUAGAUCUAAAUGUAUGUGCUGACUCAGAAUAUUGGUUGUUGAUGAUUAUUUACUGCACUGUAAUGUCCCUGACACUGUGGAAACCUGCCGGUGAGGCAUUGGUGACGUUUGCAUAAUACGCCACGGGUCUACCAAAAUACCUCGAGACCAGCUUUGCUCUGCCGGUGCUGAAAGCUGACCAGGUUUGAAUCUGCAAGCUUUCAGCGCACUUUUCACACCACCAGCAAGCACCAAAAUGUCGACAUCUUCCCCUGCCGCGCAUUCACGCCCAGCUUGGCGGACCUUGGCACGCCUCAGUCUACAAAAAUACCAAACUGGCUGUACGCCAGGCUCCGCCAGACGAAAAUACCACUGCGUGGGGUCCGCCACUAUCAGCCGCGUCACUGGCGGACACGAAAAUAGAGCCCUUAGUCUUAAGAGGAGCAGCAACUUUUUCAAGCUCUCAAACUUUUUUUCACAUUGAUUCGAACUGAUUACGAUGGAAUAGAAGUGAGAGCUGUUUGAGGGGAGGGGUCUGCAACCAUGCUCUGCUGUAAAGGAAGAGAGGAACGGUGCGCUUUUUUCAACAUACUGGAUGUAAUGGGGCAACACAGCGUCUGUAGCACUCUUCAGUCUGUUUGAAAUAUCACAUGUCAAAUUUCCCUUCACACUGACACACCAGUGGCAGAGGAUGCCAUGAAAAAUGGCCGUAAGUUUAAUCUAAUCACAUUCACAUGCUGCUGACUGUGCCACAAGGAGCAAUUGGGGUUAAAGUGUCUUGCUGAUUGAAAGGCACAGCAGAGCCACAUCUGCCAGGGGUGUGAUUACUGAGGCCAAACCACUGGGAUAAAAAAAAUCACAUCUGAAACCUGAAAGAGCAGGUGAACAUGAGGUUUUUCCAAAUUUGCAUAUGCACAUUAAUGUCCUCUAUGGUACGGUUUGUUUCCAAAGAACCGUAAACUUGAGAUAGAAAACAAAAAAGAAUCUGUUGAGGAGCCUAACAGACUUAAAUUAACUGUGAUAUCUGAUUAGGAAUAUAUGGACUUCUUUGUUUAAUAUACUUUAAUACCCCUCACCACAGACACUUGUCAGAAAAGGUUUUAUUUUUUUAUUUAAAUUGUUCAAAAUGAAUGAUUUAAAUGAAUUAAAUUAUUUUAAAAAAAUGCAAAUAUUGCCUUUUUCAUCAAAAAAAAGAAAAGAAAAGAAAAGACAAAGUCAUCAAAGUAGUACAGUAGUAGUAGCAUCUUUUGACCCACAGAGGUCACCAAAAUAGCAACAGAGGGGAAGGUUGUCACAGUAGCUUUAAAAGUGUUAAAAAUACAGAUUUAUCAAAAUGUCUCCUUCUGUCUGCAGGUCAUAUAUUCAUCUCUAACUACCUGCUGAACUACUUCCCUGGGCUGGACAUCGAGAGGAGAAACUGUCAUGGUUUCACAGCUUUGAUGAAGGCCGCCAUGCAGGGCCGAGCUGAGUGUGUCAGGACUCUCAUGAUGAAUGGUAAAAAAAACACUGACAUUUCCAUAACCAAGACCAAUGCACCAUUGUCAUCUAAAAACUUAAAUCCAUAAAACCAACCUCACUGUACAUGUACCUGUUGUUAUAAUAACUGCUGUAUUUUUAGAUUUUACACAUUUGAGCCAAACCUCAUAAAUGUCAAUGAAUGGUGUGAUUGAAUCCAAUAGGGUUCAAUAGAUGACAACUUUUAAAAAGAAAUGAAAAAAAUAUGCUGAUUAACACCUUUGUCAUAAUUUUACAUGGGUCUGUUUUAUAAAAUAGCUAACAUUUUUCACACCCAUUGAUAUUUAGAUUGUAUUAUAUAUACAGUUUAAUAUUAGUAUUUAAAAAUAGGUUGUUUUCCUAAAAAUGACAACAUUUCAGGCAAAAAGCAGAGAAGAUCACAUUUUCUAAGAAAUAAGUAUUUUUGUCAUUUCUAAGUAAAAAAAUGUAUGGGAUACUUGCGGUUUUUUACCCAUUUGAUAUGAUAACAUUGACUGCAUGAUUUUCUCUGUCUGUGAACGCAGGUUCACUGCCGGAGGUGUGUGUGUUUCUUGGAUGUGUUUAUACAAGGGUGCUGUCAUGGGAUUGAACAUUAUAGGCCCACUGUUCUCACACCUUGUAAGCUAUAAUGACCUUUGGUCACUUUUCCUCUAGUUUCAGUCUAUAAACGGGUCUUCAUGCCUUUCUUUUGUUCUAGUUUAGAGAAUUUAAAGCAUAUUAUACCCAUGCACAGUUCUGUGCUUAAAACAUGGGUAUAAUACGCUUUAAAUAAUACAUGUGUCUUGUCCUGUUCAGAUGGAGGAUGAUGACGGCUCAGUUUAAGUUGUGACAUAAAUAAGUAUCAGUGGAGUCAUCUGCUUUGUUUCAUAUAAAUAUUAAUAAUAUACAUAAUAGGCUAAGGUGCAGUCCCCAUGACGACGCAUUGUCUGAGUCUAAUCUUUUGCUGAAUCAGCAGUAUUUCCCUCUCUCUCUCAUUUCCACCUGUCUCCUCCCUGUUACUGGUGGAGCUUCUUCACUUAUUAAUAGUCAAGGUAGACAAGGUACUCCACAGCACCACCCGUCAUACUUCAGUGAAAACAAGGAUUAACUCUUCAGACCACAGCACACUUUUUGACACAGGGUUCAUCUGUCUCAGAGCCAGAGAAGGCAGCGGCUUUUCUGUGUGUUGUUGAUGUCUUUGCCCUUGCAUGGUAGAGUUUUAACUUGUAGCUAUUGAAAUGACAUUGGUUCUCUGAAGUGUCCCUGAGCCCAGAUAGUAAAAUCCUUUACAGAAUGAUAUUGUUUUUAAUGCAGUGCUGCCAGAGGGGUCAAAGGUCACAGGCAAUCAAUGCUGGUUUCGGACCUUGCAGCUAAUGUGCAGAGAUUUCUCUGAUUCUCUCAAUCUUGUGGAGGCAUGCAAAUACAGCUUUGUCCACAGGGAGGCACAAAAACAUACACAAACAAAAAGUUCGUCACAGCUGCUUUAAAGGACCUUGUUUGAAGCCAUGCUCCCAAAGUCAAUGAUAUGCUCACUGUGUGCUUGGGACUUUACAUCAUAUUUUUUUCUAAAAAAAAAAAACAGAAAAAAAGGGACCAUCUUUUGGUUAACCAAAAUUUGACUAAAACCAUCGAGAGCAAAAACAAGUAAAAUGUGACUAAAACUAAAAAGCAGUCAAGUCUCAAGACUAAGACUAAAUCUAAAAUAGCUGCCAAAAUGAACAGUGUUAUCCAAUCAUAUAUGAUGUGUUAUUAAAUUAAACACAAUAAAAAAAAAAAAACAACAGACUAGACUAAAGGCCUAAAACUAACAGCACUGGUGGUAAAGGGGACUUAAAGACUCUUUUUGUUUCCAGGAGGUGACAUUCAGGCACGGGACAAUGGCCGCAAGAUGACUCCCAGGGAGUGGGCUCUUUUCACGGGUCGAUAUGAGACGGCCUACCUGAUGUAUCGUCUGAUGGCGAAGCCCUGUGCCGAGCAGUUCUGUGACUCUUACCCCCUGGAGUGGCCGCUGCUGGAGGUUAAGAAAUUCAUCAUGACUGCAGACCUGUUAUUUAAUGCACCACAUAAAGCUGUUUAGACCCCAGAAGUAGAUUCACUACAAGUGUGAAAGGUGUAUUUUUCCAGUCGAUUCCACUAAACUGCCAUGUUUGAUCUUGUUGUGCAGGAGCUGGUGGCCCAGGCUCAGGAGCAAAAGUCCUGCUGGAGGCGUUUGCUCAACUUCCUGUCCUGCUGCCCUUACAGGUUUUACAUCAACAACAAGGUAAAUGCUGUGGAUGAUGGCGUUUUUGAUCAUAUGGUGCGGGUCACCACCUGCCUCUCCAGUCCUGUUAUGGCCACAGCAUGCCGCACCGUUUGUCCCAGCAGCCCGCCAUGUAUCGGGAAGCGACGUUACGCUGUGCCGGAGAUCCUGAGGAGGCAGCGAGUGGCUGAGCUGAAGCGUCUGGGCCCAGAUAGACUAAAUAACUACAAGAGAUUUUUCCAGAACUCUAGGGUCCUCCUCAUCCCAAAGGUAAAGGAUCGCAGGGCCAGCCUCCAGCCGCAGCUGCUGAGCGAUGUGGCUGUGGCAUCCACAGUGGCCAUCAGAAGAGCCAGCCUUCUGCCCCUGGACAUGCUGAGGAGGAGCAGCGUGCGGCCUGGCAUUGUGGUGCCUAAAGUGAGACUGCGCAAAGCACCGACGCCAAGCUUCAUUCCCGAGAAACUCAAACGCAACAGCAACCACAACCAGCUGCAGAUCCCAAAGUGGAACUACAAGAUGAAGAGAGUUGAGAGGAGGCAGGAGGAGGACAGGCAGAGACUGUUACUGCCUACACGAAGGAGAUGA